GUUCAAAAGUUGAAGUAAAAUUAGUAAAGAUUAAGCUCCUCCUGCGAGCGCACAACUGAUUUUCCGCAAGAGCCGUUUCUCUGUUACUCUUCUUCCAGCGAACGUGAAUCAAUAGAGGAAAAUCAAAAUGCCAAGUUCCUCCUCGCUCACCGGGCGGGGAUGUCCGUCUGCGAGUAGCAGCACUAGUAGCAAACCCGUACUACUUCGAGUUCCAGAACCAGAAAGACCAAAAAGACGAAGAAAUACGGACGAGCAGGCGGCCGUGCGGUAUGCAGAUCCUAAUAGCACAUCAUCACCACGAAGUGCACUCUCAUCGUCAGAGACCCGGUCGCAGCGCAGGAACGAACCACGGAAACAUGGCAAGAACGAAAAGAAAGAGCGAAAGCGGAAGGAGGAGCGAGAGUCGAAUCGGAAUAAAGAGCGCUACGAAAACCGCGGGAAUUUUUAUGAUGUUGAAGAAAGAGAGGUCGGUCGCGUUCGCAAAUCACGGUCUAAAAAGCCUUCCAGUGUAGUGCUAAGUGGCAGUAGCGACGAAGGAGCGUGGUCAACUACAACACAGCCGGGCCGCAGCAAUCAUCGUGACGACAAAAAGAAAAAAAGCAAAAAAGAGCGGAAGCACGAACAUGAAGACGCCCCGCAGCUGACAACUCGGCUGCCGACGACUGAACAUAAUUCGAGAAAAAGUCGAGCGGUGUCCUUUGACCUACCCCUUACUUCUUCCAGUGGCAGUGACGAUGGGGCGGGGAACAGCAGUGUCGAGCGUGAUUUUCGGAAGCUCGAAGAGAACCUUGAGAAAAAGGCUGGUAGGUCACAUCAACACAAAAUUCGCCGCGGCCCUCGACACGGCAGUGACUCCCGUAGGGACGAGACGGACUACUGCAGGCCGCGAGAAAAGAAGGACAAGGAAAUGAAAAAACAUCGACAUGGGAAAGAGACAAAGACCUCAGCGGGGCAAAAAUCAAGAAGGCGAGAGGAGUAUGUGGAGGACAGUUCUUUCACCUACCGCAGGAGAAGACGCCAUGGACAGAGCGACGCGACCACGGACUCCAUGCAGUCUGGUCAAGAUCCGAAUGCGUGCGGGAGCAAUGUAUAAUUGUCGAGCUUGUUAUUUGAAUUUGAUUGCGUGCCUUGCUACCGAGACCGACCCAUCGUGAUGGAUAAAUCGAAAGCACUGCCCAUAUGCAUAUGGUAAUUCAUUCUGCUUUCAAGGUAUGUAGUCACUACUUGUCUCUCUUUUGAAACUGAAACAGAGGCUGACAAGUUGUAGUUGUUUGCGUUUCACCAUUAUCAGGAAUUUGUUGAACAAAGGCAAGAGCGACGACGAAAGGAGCAGCCACUUCGCGGCUCUGCGAUAUUGAGCAGAGAGGGCGGCACAAAUAGCCAGCGGAAACAAGCGAAAAGCUCUCGGCGAGUGCGAUUUGUUGCCGAUGAAGAAGGUGACGUUGACGAAGUAGUCGAAGUUCGAUUAUCUACUUCAGAUAUGAUUAAUCUUCCCGCACCGACUGUUCCAGAACGUGCACCGGGAAGAUGUCUUCCGCCCGACGACACCAAGGUCGUGGAAACAGAUGUAGGUCCGCUUCCGCUCGUUGGUAGGGAGCUGUCUUUCUCGUCAUCCUCCAGUUCUUCCGGAGGUAUUGUGGAGGGGGAUGAAGAACAAGCCGAUGAGAGAACGAUGAGUCCUUUUCCCCGGCCUGGCACGGUGCAGCUUGUUGGCGUUUCACAAACGAGCAGCAACAGUGGUGGUAAAAACACCAUCAGCACGAGCAACAAGAAGUCGCUCGUGGGAGCAGACCACGACUGCAAUAGCAUCGACACUAAGGAUCAUGCGCCCCCUACCCCUUCAUCUGCAGCAAAGAAGGAAACUGGAAGUGUUAGAAAUGCUGGCGCGACGAGAUCUACAAACUCGGACUUGUUUGCUCCCGACGCGAAAGAUACGACUCUUCCCGUCGUAACCAGCACAACGAGCACCAGGGCAUCAGGCACUUCGGCGCUGUUUGAUAUUCACUCCGCAUCUGGAUCUGCACGCUCUUCCGCCAGAACGAGUCCGGUGGACGAUCUUGAAAAUGAACAUCAGACUUUCAUCACUGAUACUGUUGACUGCGGUCCAAAGGAACAGAAAGAGGAAGUGCCAGACCAAACAGCGGCCUGGUAUGCGGAGGAGGAAGGCGGAGCUGGUAGAGGUAAUCGCGGCACAACUGCUGAAUUGACGAUAAACAUUGUGGAAUGCGAUCGAAGAUUAGAUGCCGGCGCGUCUUCAGCGAUUUGUUGUACUUCAACGACAUCGAAGCAGAUCCACCAGGAACUACAAGGCCUUCCUCAAAUCACCUCGCUCCUGCCUGGUGCACGCCGGCCUUGGUGGGAGGAAGAAGGUGGAGAGCAUCAGGGUGAAGAAGCUGCUGGUCGCGACUCAGGAAACGACGCUGCCCGCAGAAGUAGUGCCAGCAGUUCAGAAUCAGACACAGACACAGAAACAUCGUCAUCCUCGCUCUCCUCAUCAGAGCAGCAUUCCUUUCAUGACCCAGGAAGGGAUCCCCUGGCGUCGCCUGCUGCGCUCUCGUCACAUGGUGAUCAUGGGCGACGACACUCCAAGUCAGGUCAAAACCGUGCGGGCGGAUCAAACCAGGUUGAUGCGUCGUCCUCCUCCGCUAGAGCAGCACAUGGUGGGCGAGCCAUUUUUACCCGGAGACGGAGAAAGAGCCCACUCUGCGGCCGCUUACCCCAUCCGGACAUGCAUCCUGGCGGCUUUGCGCCAAUUUGACGGGGUCGACCGCGCGAAGCAGGUCAGGUAGAGUGCCCCGGCCGGCGGUUUGGGUUCUGAUCCCCUGCAAUGCCCUGCAGCAUGGCGGCGGUGUGUGUGGCGCAGCGACUGAGUAAGUAAGUACAUAGGCAAGGCCCGGGCGGACCACCGCGGGCGAUCCUCAUUCUCGAAAAAGCUAUGAAAGCUAUGCAAAAGAAAACAAGGAAAGGGCACGCCGAAGCGCGUCGCCGUCGCCCGUCACAGAAUAAGUAGCGCUCCUCUUUGCUGCGUGCGCAAAAUCUAUCACUCCCCACGUUCCGUGGAGCUCAUUCAAUUCUACACGACUUGUGAUCCUUUGCAAGGAUCACAAGUCGUGUAGACGACCGGCGC